AGCCGGACUUCCGGUGGGGAGCCCGUUCGCGCGGUUCUGGUUGUCCUUUCCGCCCCCUGCACGUGUCUGCAGCCGCCGAGAUGUUCUCUUUUCUGCGCUCUGCACCCCGCCUCCUAGGCUCCGCGGUCGCGGGGCUCCGAGCCGCCGCGCUCUCCCUGCCGCUCCAGCAGCUGCCGCAGCCCGUAUCCCUGCCGUGCGCGCGGCCCUUCGGCCUGUUGGGUGUGCGCGCGGGGUCGGUGCGCCAGCCCGAGCUCCUGCGCCCUCCGAGGCCCUGUGGCUGCGGCUGCGGCGCGCUGCACACGGAAGGGGACAAAGCUUUUGUUGAGUUCCUCAAUGAUGAAAUUCUGGCGGAAAAGAAGAUACAGAAGCAUAAGUCCCUCCCCAAGAUGUCUGGAGGUUGGGAACUGGAAGUGAAUGGGACAGAGGCUAAAUUGGUGCGGAAAGUUGCUGGAGAAAAGAUCACUGUCACUUUCAACAUUAACAAUAGCAUUCCAUCAACGUUUGAUGGGGAGGAAGACGUCGCCCAAGAGCAGAAGGGUGAAGAGCAAGAGUCUGAAUUGACGUCAACUCCCAAUUUUGUGGUUGAAGUUAUAAAGGAUGAUGGCAAGAAGGCCCUUGUGCUAGACUGUUACUAUCCAGAAGAUGAGGUUGGACAAGAUGAAGAAGAGAAUGACAUUUUCUCUAUCAGGGAAGUGAGCUUCCAGUUUACUGGCGAGUCUGAAUGGAAAGACACAAAUUAUACACUCAACACAGAACCUCUGGACUGGGCUUUGUAUGAUCACCUAAUGGAUUUCCUUGAGGACCGAGGGGUGGACAACACUUUUGCUGAUGAGCUGGUGGAACUCAGCACCGCCCUGGAGCACCGGGAGUACAUCUCUUUUCUUGAGGACCUCAGAGGCUUUGUUAAGAGUCAGUAACUGUAUGGCAGGCUUUGGCCAGUGAACAAAAUAGACAUUGAAGUCAGACACGUAUACUGGUAUAAUUUUUAUCCUCCUAUCAUGGAAAAUAAUUCAAAUUUAAAUUAUUUGUUACCCUCUUGAUUUUUGUAUAACAUGACAGACAAUAAAAUUGGCUUAUCUCCAAGA